AUGGCCGACCAUCAAGCAGGUCAAGAGCCUGACGAAUUUGGCGCGCUGCCUGUCGGCGUCUCGAAUCUACGUUCCAGAUUCGAACAGCUCUCCAAGUCCGAGUCCAGUCGUCCCUCGUGUACACCACACACCUCGUCCAACAACAUCCGACACAAAGAUCUCAAUGCAACCCACACCUUUGGUCUCGCCGAAAAGAAGCUAUCACUUGCUCAGAAUGCUGGCAAUGGCCCCGUGCGUCCUCCAAAGCCAAAGAAAGCUCCAUCUCCUGUCUCGGAUGAUCCAUCCGCGUCGCAUAAGCCCGCUCAUGCAGGUCCUUCCACCAUUAGCGUCGCUGACCUCGCCGCGCUCUCGGUAUCGGCCGGCUCGAGCACCUCGAGCGUAGACCAAAUCAGACCGGCUGGCAUCAAAGAUAGGCAGGUCAGCCACACGCGAGUGCCCUCGGGACACGCGAAACAAGUCGCUGCUUCGGCCUGCAAGUUCGGCGAACCCGACCGCUCGUUGCGCGCCUCGAAAUCCCCUCUUCCGCGUGAAUCUUCGUCAAGCAUGCCUGCCUCGACCACCGCCUCGGCCACUGCCUCCGCUUCCGCUUCGGAUGCGGAAGGCCCGAGCAAGCCGAGGCUGCCGCCGCCCAAGCCUCCAAAGCCGUCCACAUCGUCACACGGCGUUCAGAUCCUCGACGAUUCGGACCUCGAGCGUCUGGCUCACAUGGGCUCGUCUUCCCGCGUCACCUCCAUCGCCAACCUCUUCGGGAGUCACUCGGCCGCCAAGCCAAAAGCUGCAGGCACAAAUGCCACACUCUCGCCAGGCCGCAUCUCCACCGGCGGUCACUUCCUCAAGUAUUCGCGCUCCAACGAGCAGCUCUCGCCCACCGCGCCUGCUGCAGAGUCACAGUCCGACCCCUUCAAGAAACUGCCACCCACCGUGCCACCACGGCCCUUGAAGACAGACGGGUCCGCCGAAAGCCUGGCCGGACUUCCUGGCUCCAUUGCGUCCGUCCUUCUCGACGUGGACAGCGGCUCCUUCCCUGCUGUCCCGCCGAAACCAGUAGCGACAACAGUGACCGUAGCGUCUCCACCACCUCUGCCAGCGCGAGAGUCGGUCCCGAUCGACAAUGCCGAGUUCCGUCGCAGAAGCUUGAGCGCCUCCAAGAGCACAGGCUCUCUACCAGUCUUGACCGACAUGUUCUCAGCUGAGGAGCUCGACACGCUACCCUCGCCCGCACGCAGACCUACCGGCACAGAUGCAGCAGCCAUUGCACAGGCCGGCCCCGCAUUCUUGCCACCGCCUCAGCGCAACAUGGCGCCACCGGUCUCGAAUUCAGUCCCCCAUCGUGCACACACUGUCAGUGCGAGGACUAAGCCCAUUCCCGUGCCGUCUCUUGCAGCCAGGCAGACAAAGCAUGCUCGAAGCCUGACUCCAAGCGGGACGGACUGCGUUGCCGCACCUAUUUUGCCUCCGCCAGUGCGCAAUGCAAGCGCCGCGUCGGCAGCUGCAGCUUCCAAGAGCUUUGGCUCUUCGGUCUUCGCUCGCCAUCAGCCUGGCUCCGAUAGUUCCGAAGAGGAAGACGACGGGGAUUUCGCCUCAUCUCUCUCUCCCUCGUCUUCUUUCAAGGCCACGGCAGGGCUGCGCAGAUCUAACGCUGCCGCCGAUAUGACGCCCGGCGGACUGCCCGAUACUUCCCACGCCAACCGUCGUGCGCCCAAAUUCAAUCCAGACUGCGGCACCUCGUCAAAGCAGGGAUUUCAGUGCUUCGCCGUUUGCGGCCAUACCGUCGUGACCGGCAGCGGAGACAAGGUCAAAGUCUACCGCGUCGGCGAAUCCGCAUCCGGCGUGGGCGAGAAGCUGUGCACGGUUGGCGAGCAUCUUUCGAAAGAGGUCAAGCUGACUGCCCUCGAAUUCCGUCCGCCCAACCACGGCAUCGCGCCCGUGCCGGCGAUCGGCAGACGCUCGCACGGCGAAACCGCCGACGAAGGCAGGUACCUCUGGUGCGGAACAAAAGAUGGCCACAUCUGGGAGCUCGAUAUUGCCGAGGCGCAGGUGGUUCACUCGCGUCAGAAUGUGCAUAGCGAUCCUAUCCAGCUGCUCAAGCGAGUCGGCAACAGGAUGCUCAGCCUCGACGAAGGCGGCAAGAUCUCGAUUUGGCUUCCCAGCGCCGACCCAGACCCAGCCAUUGCGGGUCUGCGUCUGUCCAACCAGCCCAUCACCCAGCGCAUCGCCAUGGAAAAGGGCUCGCACGCCUGCAUUGUCGGCCAGCAGCUCUGGGUCGCCGCGGGACCCUCGGCGCAGAGAAAUGCCAAGGACUAUGCUGGCAGCAAAGGUCCGCGCAUCCGCAUCUACAAUCCGUUUGCAGAUGACAAGCCCUUCAACGCGCUCUCCAAGGCGGCCGCCAUCGCUCCCGAGAUGGCCGAGGGCGUCGGCGUCGUCACGGGCGGAGCAGUGAUUCCUUCACGCCCGGACUACGUCUACUUCGGUCACGAUUCCGGCCACGUCUCCAUCUGGUCUCGGCAAACGUAUGAGUGCGUCGGUGUGCGCAAGCUCGGCCCGCACGGCAUCACGGCUCUAGCUGGCGUGCUCAAGUACCUCUGGGUCGCAACCCGAGCAGGCACUAUUUCGGUGUUCGACACCGACACUGCUCCCUGGCGAGCAAUCAAGAUCUGGACCGCGCACAAAGAGCCAAUCACCGCAAUCAAGGUCGACGAGCAUGGCAUCCAGAAAGUGGGGCGCCUGCAAGUCGCGUCCGGCGGUCUGGACGCUGCCGUGCAUCUGUGGGACGGCACACUGUCGUUCGACUGGAUCCAGGCAGAGCAGAGCAAGCGAGAACACGAGUUCAGCACCUACCGCAGCAUCAAGACGCUCCAGGUGACGUUCAACAUGGACGCGGCCUCGCCUGCCGACCUGGAGACGUCGGCUGAGAACAUGGAGGUGUUCGGAUCGAUGCUGCGCAAUGCGUGCCAAAUCGGAUCGGACUCGCUUGCGGCAGACCGUCCGCCGGAUAUCAUCGUUUUUGGAUUCCAGGAGCUCAUCGAUCUCGAGAGUAAGAAACUUACUGCCAAGAGCCUGUUGCUGGGGGGCGGCAAGAAGAAGGCGAACGAUCUCGGCGAUCGAGUUUCGCGCCAGUACCGGGCGUGGUACGACAAGUUGAUCCAGAUCGUGCGGUACGCGAUGCCUCCGACGUGUGGAUAUCUACUCGUGCAGUCCGAAUCGCUCGUUGGUCUCUUCACGUGCGUGUUCGUCAAGCAGACCGAGUUCAAGAACAUUCGCGAGCUGGCGAUCAGCACGGUCAAGACGGGCAUGGGCGGGAGGUACGGUAACAAGGGUGCGGUGAUUGCACGCAUGGUGGUGCAAGACACGAGCAUCGUGUUUGUCAACUCGCAUUUGGCGGCUGGACAGAAGCACGUCAAGCAGAGGAAUGCGGAUGUGGCGGACAUCCUCGAGUAUCCGACGGUGUUCCAGGAUGCGCAUGCCGACCCAGCGGCGUACGUAGGCGGAGGCGACGGCAGCAUGAUUCUGGACCACGAGCUGUGUUUCUGGGCCGGUGACCUCAACUACCGCAUCGACCACUCGCGAGAGACAGUGCUAAGCGCCAUUGGCGCGCGGAAGAUUACGCCGUUGCUGGAACAAGAUCAGCUGCGAAAGGAGCUCAAGCAGAAUCCAGCAUUCCGGCUCAAGGACUUUUCAGAAGCACCAAUCUCGUUCCUGCCCACGUACAAGUACGACCGAGGCACGUACGAGUGGGAUACAUCGGAGAAGAACAGGAUCCCCGCAUGGUGCGAUCGAAUCUUGUUCAAGUCCCAUCACCCCGAACGCAUCCGCUGCCUCGAGUACCGGCGCUGGGAAGCCACGAUCAGCGACCAUCGUCCAGUCACAGCUAUCUUUGAGGCAAAGAUCAAGGCGGCCGAUCAUUCGAAACGCCAACAGGUGCUCGACGAACUCAAGGCUGCGUGGUCCGCGCUCGAGGAGAAGCUGCUCGCCAAUGCCGUCGUGUUCUACUCAGACCCGCAUUGA